AACAUGCGCUUGGCACUUGUUACUCCCUCUAAUCUACACACCCCUCAUUUUCCCCAUCUCUGUUUGUUUCCCGAGAAAAGCAGCACCAAGGGAAAAAAGAAAAUUUACUACUGACAGACUCGAGUCCAUGGCGGUGAGAGCUACUGUGUCUAGAUUCCCUAUCGACUCAGACGCCCAGGAGAAUUCGGGUCUUCCAUGGGGCGUGACGGUGACACCAUUCGCAACCAAGGACGAGGAAGAUAGGCCGCCAGCGUAUGGAACCGAUGGCGAUCUCUUGCCUCGGUGUGAGAAUUGCUGGGCUUAUUUCAAUAUCUACUGUAGUCUGGAUCAAUGGAGCUGGACUUGUUGCCUUUGUUCGCAACUCAAUGGGUUAACAACUAAAAGCAUUGCUCGCUAUUCUCUUCCUGAGUCAUGCCCUGAAUUGAAGUCUUCUUUUGUAGAUCUCGAGUUGCCUGCUGAAGAUGAAGGAUUGCAGCCACAGCCGGUAUAUGUUGCUGCCAUUGAUUUGUCUUCCUCCGAAGAAUUUCUGGAACUUACUAAGAGCGCACUUCUAGCAGCUUUAGAAGCUCUUGCGCCCGGUUCACUCUUCGGCAUUGCUACUUUUAGCCACAAACUGGGGUUGUAUGAUGUUCAAGGGCCCAUACCAGUUGUGAAGAAUGUUUUUAUUCCCCCAGACACAGAAGGCACCCUUGCAGUUGAACUCGAAGAUGUCAUGCCUUUGUUACAAUUCUUAGCUCCUGUAGAAACUUGUAAGGACCGAAUUGCAUCUGCACUUGAAACACUAAGACCGACAACUUCAUGGGAGAGAACCACAGCAGCUGGCCAAGGAAUGGAUGGUGUUUUGAUGGGCGGUCGGGGAUUUGGGGUGGCAAUGGAAGCUCUGUUUAAUUACCUUGGAUCAGAAUAUGGAAGCACAUUUGCAUUAGCUAGAGUCUUUGCUUUUCUUUCUGGUCCUCCUGAUUACGGAGCUGGUACACUAGAUACCAGACGGUAUGGGGAACAAUAUGCUAGUAAAGGAGAGGAUGCAGAUCGUGCUUUACUUCCUGAGCAGACACCCUUCUACAAAGAUCUGGCUGCUGUCGCUGUUCAAGCAGGUGUUUGUGUAGAUAUAUUCGCUGUUACAAAUGAGUAUACAGAUUUGGCUUCACUGAAGUUUCUCAGCAUUGAAAGUGGAGGAUCGUUGUUUUUCUAUUCAAGCACUGAUGAUUCAACCCUUCCUCAGGACAUGUAUCGAAUGCUAAGUCGACCAUAUGCGUUUAAUUGUAUAUUGCGAAUGAGGACAUCUACUGAAUUUAAGCCCGGUCAUUCUGUGAGUAUUGCAACUUCAUUUGCAUUUAUAUUUAACGUUGUACUGUUUCUUAUUAAAUAUCUCUAUUUUCUGCAGUAUGGUCAUUUCUUUCCAGAUCCGCAGUAUGAGAAUGUUCAACAUAUUAUUUGUUGUGAUUCUUAUGCAACAUAUGCUUAUGACUUUGAGUUUGUUGGUGUCGAUGGCUUUUCAAGACAUGGAUCAGAACCUCCUCCUAUCGUACAAACUGUAUUUCAAUACACAGUUGUUGUGCCUCCCGAGGAGCUAGAAAACUCAGUGUCACGUACUUCAAGUAGAGGAAAAUAUUCCCUCAAACGUCGACUAAGGAUUCGAACAGUGCAGUUUGCAACUGCCCAAAACAUCAAUGAAAUCUACGACAGUGUUGUUCCCGAAGUUGUUUUAUCAUUACUUGUUCACAAGGUUAUAUUAGCUUCGUUGGAGCAAGGGGUUCGAGAGGGUAGACUAUUGCUUCACGAUUGGCUAGUGAUCCUUACGGCACAGUACAAUAAUGCUUAUAAACUUGCUCAAUACAAGAAUGGAAGCUCAAUCACUUCUCAGAUCGAUGUUGCAUUCUCACAAUGCCCAGAAAUGCAGCAUUUGCCUCGCCUAGUCUUUGCUUUGCUUCGGAAUCCUCUUCUUCGAUUUCAUGAAGAAGGUGUACAUCCUGACUACCGGAUCUACCUGCAAUGCCUCUUCAGUGCUUUGGAACCGAGCUCCCUACACCGUGCAGUGUACCCAAUGCUGACCUCGUAUUCCACACCAGAUAAGCAAGCUUAUCCACGCCACUCAUUGAGCCGUGCUGCUCUAAUCACUAGCGGAAGUCCCAUAUUCUUCCUCGAUGCAUUUACAACACUAGUUGUGUUUUAUUCUUCAACAGCAGACCCUACACUUCCUUAUCCUCCACCCCAUGACUGCUUGUUGAGAAGUACCAUCAACAAAUUGAAGCAAGAGAGAUGUAUUACCCCUAAACUAAUAUUCAUCCGAGGAGGGCAGGAAGAUGCUUCUGCUUUCGAGAACUUUCUCAUCGAGGAACAAGAUGUUGACGGAAGUGGUUUGACCAGUGUCACGGGUUUUGUUUCCUUUCUCGAGGAUAUCACACAGAGCGUCUUGGAAUUCAUGAAAUAGAUAAAGGUACAAAUUCGAAACCUAAUACAAGAUAAAGGACCACAUUCAUUUUUCAACAAUGAAGAACGAAAUCCUUUCGAUGAUCUACCAAGGUUGAGAGGUUCGAUUCGAUUCUCAUUGUCAAAUCAAGUGAGCAAAACUGCUCUGAUAAUCUGCUGCUCUCGAGAUCUCUUUUAUGAUUCAAAAUAUUUACAGACCGACGAAAUUUUCGUUAGCCAAAUGUGAAACAAAAAUAAGUACUGGUCCUAUUUUUGAUCAGAUCGGGAAUAUAGAUGUUCGAACAUGAGGAGGUGAAAGUAGAUGUUUUUGUAAUAAUUUUCCCUUCUUUUUUGUUUCCAUUCUUAAAGAUUUUGUUAUUUGUGAUUUAGUGGUGUUUGUUGAUCUCAAUAUUGAUUGUUUUAGAAGAAAUGUUAUGUAGUAUUGUUUUCUUACUUGUAAAACAUAUUGAAUAUUGAAUAUUGAAUAUUGAAUAUUUGUUGUUCUUUACUUUUAAGGCCAUUCAUUAUCUAUAA